AUGCAUGUAAAAAAGGAAGAAGAAGAAGAAGAACAUGAGCAACGAUCGCGCCGGGCGAUCAAAGUGGCUUUGAAUCUCCUCGUGAAGUCACCUCGAUCGACGCUUGAAAGAUAUAACAAAUCGAUCAGUUCAGAUGACGGGAGUAGCGUCAUAUCUUCUUCCGCUUCUUCCUCUGAUUUAGGUAAAUUGGAAGAAGAACAAGAGGGGGUCAAAAGAGAAAAAUUUCCGUUUUUGGCGGUAAAUCAAAAGGAGCAGCCCAAUAACAGGUUUGUUUUAGGGGAAACGCUCCCACUUCCUCGAGCGGAAAAGAGCAUCCUCGUCUCUAAAAUAGACGACGAAAAUGACGACGACGAGAACUAUCCGAUCGUCUACCAAGUUUGCGAAGCGAUUUUGGAGGAGGAUGUGAAGAAAUGCGAGAGAUCGUGCACCGCGGCUAUGGGCGUGUUGAAACGCGCGACGGUGUUUCCUUCUUCUCUCGUUCGUCCCGGGUUGUCGAAAAAAAGAGAAGAAAAAAAUCUCGAGCGUGUUGUCGCCGAGAAAGAACGGGAUGAAAGCAAUAACGAAGAAUCUUGUGGAGUGAACAAAGAAGGCGCGUUGGAAGAAAACUACUCGUAUCUUUACGUCGUUAAGAAAGAAGAGGAAGCCAAUCUGAGUCCCAUUGAACGGAUUUUUGGACCGGUCUCGGAGGAUGUUCUCGCAGUCGCUCGUGUGAAAUUUAUUUCUCGUGAUGAUGAUGAUGAUGAUGAUGAUGACAUUGAUGUCAAAACUGCAAGUGCUAAUCCAAUGGUGCACAUUGCAGCGGCAUGCGAUCGUUUCUUCAUUGCAAACGAAGCUUUGUUUGUAACGAGCAGGGGAGCAAACGCGGCGAUAUCUUUCUUCUCGCAACUUCUUCUCGAUGGAGUCCAUCGGGUCGUCUUAAAUCGAACGGCUGCGCAAAAAGAUGCGCAUAACGAGAAAGAUGUUUAUUUUUCACUCCAAUGCGUACCACCAAUGCUUCCAGAGAAUGCGAGUCUCAUAUCUUACGAUGAAAGUGUCGUGAGAGACAGCGACGAUGAAAUUGUGUUCUCGUCGAUGAAAACCUUCACCCUUCGCGCAACGCUAGAGCGCGAUCCGCUUCUCGAGACGGCUACGGAGACAAAUUUGGAAGUCGCCGCGCACUCGAGCAAAGGUGACUAUGGGAAGAGCAACUCUGUGAGCGCCGAUAAUUACGUGCGUCUUCAACCAUGUUCAGCAGAUAAAGCGAAUGCUUCUCUCGUAGCAUCGUUGUACGAUGCGCUCUUUGCCUCGGCGAGCGAGGAUGAACAAAGAAGAAGCAAAAUCGAAGAAGAUGUUUUCGUUCACGAUAUCGUGUCCGAAGCAUUCACUUCGUCUAUUUUUGAUGCAAAAAGUGAAGUUGCACCGGCAAACAACAAGACGUGUCUUAAGACUGUUCUGCCGGAAACGAGCGUGAUUACGCCAUGUUUAGGCGUUUCCCCGGAACACGGGCGGGCGGUUUCGAAAGCCUUGGACGAGUGGUCAAAAGCUCGAUCUUUCUCUCCGUCGUCGCUUUUUCGCGACGUCUCUGACGAUGAUAAACUUCCACAAAACUCUUCGAUUAUCGCUAAAGUGAAGAGACAAAAAGUUAUUUUGUUGGGAAGCGAUGUGAUGAGCUCACUUUCACUCGAUGCUGUGGUGACGGAGAUCUGUCGCGAGAUGGAUUCUGAAGAAGCUGCUUUCGCUGGUGAGAAGACACUCGCAACUGCGACAUUCUUGGCGUCUGCAUCUCGAGGUGAGAAAAGUACAGGCAAGUAUGGUGGAAUAUUCUUCGAUGCCAUCGCUAAGCACGAAAAUUCUGCGCAUUUGCUCUUGCUCAAGCUCGCUUCGUUCGGAAUUUAUCCUUUGCGAGGUACUUACGACGUCUCCUUGUUCGAUUUUUGUGACGAACCAGCCGCGCGGCCGUCAUCUUCUCCAGUUUCGCCAUCCUCUGAUGCAAAUGUUCUCUUCAUUGCAACCUUCCGAAAGAGAAAUUUCAAAAUCAUCAACACCUUAUCGAUCUCUAACGUCGAUAAGUUGGUUGAGAUCGAGCGCGAGGCUUGGAUUUCGUGUCCGGAGAUGCGCACGUCUGAAGAUACGAUUCGCGAUCGCGUGUUGAAUAAUCGAGUGAUGAACUUCGCGAUAUUUGAUAUGGACGGUGAAUAUCUCGAGGAGACAAAUGACUCGUUGAAAGGAAUGAUGUAUACGCAGUUUGUCAAAAGCACGGAAGACGUGUCCAAUAGAAACUGUUGGGCAACGAAAGAGUCUGCUCGAGUUGACCCGUUCUCGUCGCAAACGAUACAACUUUUGGAUGUUUUUGCCGAUCAACGCUACUCGCUCGAAAACGGUGGCGACGUGGGCAUGCAGCUCAGAGAUUUUGUGCUUCACUUCGCAGAAAGAGUUCCCAUGGUACAAACAGUUUGCGCCGUUACUCGAACGAGAGGCUUCCGCGAAGUGCAACAAAAAGCCAUCAAGGAAAUUGAGGAAGUAUCCGAGCGAACGCAAGCGAGCAUCUCGGGACAUCUCAAAGCCUCUCUCGCGAUUCCCACGUACGAACAACACGUUAUGUCAAAAGAAGGCGGAUAUAACGACCGCGGCCUAUUCUUACACGUCGGUGCGGGAGCUAAAAUUCUCAAGGUUCAGUACGGUUGGAGACCGAAAGAUUACGAAAAUGACGGAAACGGGACGCUCAUCGAAUACAAACUCGAACGACUUUCGUGGAGAAGAUACUCAAACGUCAAAACGUUCAAGAGCUCACACAGCUCAUCAUCAUCAUCGUCUAUGGUAGAAGCUGUUGCUUCUGCUAUCGAUACUAUCCAAGAUGAAAAAAUGGGAAGGGUCGCCGCCACGUAA